UCAGGGAUGGUGUGCUGGAGGAUUGCUUCUCAUUUGACUGUAUCGCUGGAAUCAGGUGAGCCCCCCUAUUGGGUGCUCUAGUGGUACAGUCCAAUCGCAGUUUGGAGUUGUUGCUGAGGAGGUUUCGUAGUCCGGCGGACAGACAAACGUGUUCGAUGGAAGACGGCUCUACUUUCAAAAUGUUCCUGCCUUGCCUAAGGAAUUACCCGCUUUACAAAGGACAGCAUGCUGUAUUUAUUGUUCUUCUGUACAUCUUGACAGGUGUGGGGUGCAGUCAGGUGUUGGUUCCCCAGAAGGUGAGUGCUGUAUUGGGGAAGAAUGUGACGUUGGGCUGUAGCGUGGAGGUGGGGGCCAACCUCAGUCUUACCCAGAGUUCCUGGGAGCGCCGGCUCCCCACAGGCUCGGUGACUGUGGCGGUGUACAAUCCCGUGUUCGGCAUCUCGAUCCCCCCAAACUAUGUGCGCCGCCUGUCCUUCCGCUCGCCCUCCUCCCAUGACGCCACCAUCGUACUGGAGGAUGUGGGCUUUGAGGACAUUGGAGUGUACACCUGCAAGGUGGCCACCUUCCCCCUGGGCAACACACAGGCCUCCACCACUGUCAGCGUGCUCGUGGAGCCCAGGGUGUAUGUGUCGGCUGGCUCGGUAGCUCUGAUCGACGAGGGCAAUGAAACAGUGGUGGCCACCUGCAUCGCUGAGCGGGCCCGGCCCCCCGCCGAAGUCUCCUGGGAGACUGACCUGUUUGGCCAAUCAGAGGUGUCGCUGCAGGACGAGGCAAACGGCACGACCAGCACCCAGGUGCGCUACCUGUGGCAGCCCACCCGCCACAUCCAGGGUCACGCCCUCACCUGUGUGGUGCGUCAUCCUGCCCUGCACACAGACUUCAGGAUCCCCUACCAGCUCAACGUGCAGUACGCCCCAGACAUCGUGGUCGUAGGUUAUGACGGUGACUGGUAUGUGGGCCGUGAGAACAUCCAACUGACCUGCAAAGCCAACGCAAACCCACCAGCACACCACUUCACAUGGAUCAGACUGGACGGGAAAAUGCCAGAAGGGGUGGAGAUAGUGAACAACACGUUGCUGUUUCUGAGGCCCCUCCAAUGGAAUGACUCUGGAGUCUACAGGUGUGAGGUUGCCAAUGACAUCAACCUACGCAGCAGGGACCUGAGGAUACGCAUACAAGAUCCUCCCACCACCUCCAUGCCCUCCACCACCCCUGCGCCUGUCCUAACCGGCUCUGCCUCCUCAUCCACCUCUGUGGGAGACAAGCGACGGGUCUUCACCUCCCCCACCCUGGCAGCCCUGCCCCCUGACAACCACCUGGGCACCAUUGUGGGCGGGGCUGUGGGCGGAGCCUUGUUCCUCCUUCUGCUGCUGGUAGUGGGCGGGGUCUGUUACCUACGACAACGACAGACCUUCCGCGGGGACUACUACACUAAGCAGUACCUAGGGCCUUCAGACAUGCAGAAGGCUCCUCCACAGCACGAGCUCCACCCUACUAAGCCUGAAAAUAACGUCUACCUAGACAAGGACCGCGAAGAGUGGGGCGACCGCGAACGCAACCACGUGCGGGACCGUGAACGCCUCCACCUGCAUCCAACAUCAACAACCAUCAUAAACAACCAAAGAGAACCGGAGUACCAGCCCAACGGCCUCACGAGGGCGAUGAGGAACGGAGACCACCACGACCACCUGCGUAGCUACCCCAGCCCACACCAGACAGGCCAUGCUAGAUACGCUGCCCCGUCACACCCACUGAGCACUGGCUCCCCCUACCUGUCGGAUGACUGCUAUGACAGCGGGGCUGAGGGGGACUAUGUCUCCCAUAUGGACGGCUCAGUGAUCUCACGCAGGGAGUGGUACGUCUGAUCCCACCACCACCAGGCACGCUACCCUGCCAACAGACUCUGCCACCAGAGAGAAGAGAGACCACAGCGCAGAAAUCACAGGAGGAUUUCAUACAUUAUUUAAGAAAAGAGAAUACUCACAUGUUCUGCCUCUCUACAUCUCUCUCUCUCUCUCUCUCUAUCUCUCACAAGCUCAUGUUUGGACAUUGUCUUUAUACUGUAGUUUUCUCUUUCAACAUGCUUUUUCAUUUCUCAUACAGGAGCUAUUUUCCUCUGAUUCUGAUCCUCAUACAGGAGGUGUUUUCCUCUGAUCCUCAUACGGGAGGUGUUUCCCUCUGAUUCUGAUCCUCAUACGGGAGGUGUUUCCCUCUGAUUCUGAUCCUCAUACAGGAGGUGUUUCCCUCUGAUUCUGAUCCUCAUACAGGAGGUGUUUCCCUCUGAUUCUGAUCCUCAUACAGGAGGUGUUUCCCUCUGAUUCUGAUCCUCAUACGGGAGGUGUUUCCCUCUGAUUCUGAUCCUCAUCAUGGAAGGUGUGUGGAUUGCCUUCAUUCUGAACUAGAGGACAAAUCUGUUAACUAGUUCAUGUGGCUCACAGUUCACUACACAUGCACUACUGGGUAGGCCUUGUGGUAUUGUUUUGAUUGCAAGCCUUUAGCAAUUUUCAUUUUUAUGUUAAUUACUUUGUAAACAAAGGCAGAACUCUUGCUCCUUUUCAUUUCAUGAUUCUGUAAAUGAAAUGAAGUCAUUUUUUGGGAAUCUGGAAGGAAAGGAAGGAAAGAGGAAAAAGUGGACAGUAUUUACUUGUUAUUCCAGAUUUCAUUUCUUCUUGGUCUGUGGUUUGGUACCCACAGAAAGGGAAAAGAAUGUACAGCUUUCUGGCACAUACAUGUGUUUCAGUUGCUAAGUGGAUAGCACGGAUACAAAUCACAAAACAUUAUUGUCAUUAUGUGCUGUUACACGCGUAUGUGUGAGUGUAUUAUUAGUACCAGUGCCAACCUGGUCAAUAUUGUCACAUAGCGUUAGAUGCUGUCAUUGCAGCAGGAUGUCGUAGGUUAGAACUACUUCCUGCAUCAGUGUGAUGGUCCGUCUCAGAUAGCAGGACAGUAAUGAUAACUAACGAGUUACAACUGAGUAUUAGUUGACUUGUUGUAUAUCACCUCUUCAUACAGAGAUGUUCAGCCCUUAAUAGAAUUAAAACAUAUUCAACUAGAGGUCCCUUUUCACAGAUGGGGGGGGGGGGGGUCUGUAUGUUCAGGAGCUACAUGCUUUCUGUCAGCACCCUCUUCCUCUCGAUUUGUAUGUGCUUUUCUAUAUAUAAUCUGAAAUGCUCAUAGAAAUAGAGUACGAUGUAUAGACUGUCUAUGUUAAAGGCUGUUUAGAAAACAGUAAAUGGGCAUAAUACUUCUACUUCUGUUGUUAUUUCAGCUGUGCUACUGUGAAGUAAAUAGAGAAUCGUUGUUCUGUCUAGUGAGAUUUUCUCUGUUACUCACUGCUCUGGGUUCAGUUAUGUGACCGGUGCCUUAUCCCAGGAGAGCAGUAAAGUAGUCAAGUAAAAUGUACAGACAGAAGUGCAAGGCCCGUUUCAUCCUCUGUUGAGUGAGGUGUUUGUUACCUUUUAUUUUCCUCCCCCCCCCCCCUUUUUAUGUGUGUUUUUUUACAAUGUUUUGAUCAAGUCAUUCUGUUUUUGUGGCAUAUCCUCUUUUCUCUAUUCUCUGACGAUAGCAUUAUUUUUGCUCAUACAAUGAAUGACAUUUUGCAAAGUCUGAGUUGCAAAACACCUGAACAAAGCUGAACUAAGCUAAAACAAUGAUUAUGUUAUUGUACAGUUCCUAUAUGGCAGUUUUCUGUCAGAGCAGCGGAGUUAAAGGGAUAGAUUGGGUUCCUUUCCCUGUGAGCAGUCUAUAGACGAGGUAUGACAGAAAUCCAUGCUUUGGUUUAUAUUCAGAUCAUCUAGAAGUGACUUUGUUGAGCUUCACAAUCAAUUUGAGAUACUUUUGGAUGAUUUGGACAUGAUGCGUGAAAAAUGCUAAGAUCAUUCCCAUGACUUGAAUGGGAGUUGUCCCACAAAAUUCUAAAACAUUAGCUUGUGGAAACAGUGCCUGGGAAAGCAUGGAUUUUUUGUCAUACCUUGUCCAUAGACUGCUUACAGGGUAAGGAAACCAAUGUGUCAUUUGGGUGAACUAUCCCUUUAAGUGUGCAUGGUAUAUAAGAAAAUGAAGUGGAGAUUUUUGGACUUCCAGAUGGUUUUGUUUAGUUCUUGUACAAAGUCUGCGAGAAUGGAGAGUGGAGCACCCCAACACCUCACCAGGGUCAACCUCCAACCGUAUUUCACAUUCUCCUUGCAAGCACCUUCCCAUUGUGUUCAUGCUUGUUUUGUAUAUAAGAGAAGAGCUACUGUAAGUUUAAAAAUAUAUAAUGCAAGAAAACAUUUAAAAUAAUCACAUGUUGUAUAAUCAAUGACAACAAGCAUUAUUUUGUACAUAUUUUUUUUGAAAUACUUUUUGUUUUCAAUAAAGCACCUUUUUUUCUGUGA